UCUCUCGCUCCACUCUCACCGAUUCCAGUGCAAUCGCCAACUAACCCACAAACCCAACUCGCUCCCUCACUCGCACCGGUUCGGUGUGAACUCGGCGGCUGCCAUGCUCAAAGGCAAGCUCAAUCUCCCCGAAAAGACCAAGCGAGUUUUCCCGGACCGACUGGGCAGCCUGGUCGCGGGAUUCGAAAACAAAGCGGAAGAAAAUGGUGGGUCCGAUCUGGUGUUCGAUUCCGGCGAGGAGCUCGAGAUGAUUCUGCCAAACGGGUACGGGUCGGGCAGAGAGAGUCAGAUUGAUGAAGAGGACGAUGAUUUUGAUGAUGAGAAGUUGGACAGAGAACCGGAUUUGAGGGUCCAGCAGAGACCCGAAAGAGAAGGGUCGGGUUCGUUGUCGGUGCUGGCGGCCAUUGCGGCGGAUGAUAAAAGGUCUGAUCUUGAGUAUGAGCUUUCUCAGCCAGAGAUAAAUUUGGAAAAGUUACAAAGAAUCGCUAGCUCAGGGCUUCCGGAUGGAGGAGGUUUGCGUGCAACAGCCUGGAAGCUGCUCUUGGGUUAUCUACCUCCUUCCCGGGAUUUAUGGGAAAAAGAACUGAUUGAAAACCGACAAAAAUAUGCCAAGCUUAAAGAGGAGCUCCUCCUGAGUCCUUCACAAAUCACAAAGAGAAAAAUUGGUGAUUUGAGUUAUUGCGAUCAGCCUGCUGACGGCAAUGUUGAUGGACCGCUGAAGCGAUCUGAAAUUUCCGAGGAAGAUCACCCUUUAAGCCUUGGUAAGGCUAGUGUUUGGCAUCAAUACUUUCAGCAUACAGAGAUUGCAGAACAGAUAGACCGCGAUUUACAACGAACACACCCGGAUCUGAAAUUCUUCUCAGGGGAGUCAUCAUUCAGCAGGAAACACAGGGAAUCAAUGAGAAGCAUUCUUCUGCUGUUUGCAAAACUAAAUCCAGCUAUCCGUUACGUGCAAGGCAUGAAUGAGGUCUUGGCACCAAUAUACUAUGUCUUUAGUACUGACCCGAAUGAGCAAAAUGCUGUAAAUGCAGAAGCAGAUAGCUUCUCUUGUUUUGUCCGACUCUUGAGUGACUCAGUGGAUCACUUUUGCGAACAACUGGAUAACAGUGCAGUUGGUAUACUCUCCACUCUCUCCCGCUUGUCAGAAUUAUUGAAAGCCAACGAUGAAGAACUGUGGAGGCAUCUAGAGUUCACUACAAAGGUGAAACCGCAAUACUAUGGAUUCAGGUGGAUCACAUUACUACUUACACAAGAAUUCAACUUCCAAACCAUCUUGAGAAUUUGGGAUUCACUAUUGAGCAGCCCUUUUGGUGUGCAGGAUAUGCUUCUAAAAGUUUGUUGCGCAAUGCUGCUAUGCGUGAAAAGUAGACUGUUAAGUGGCGAUUUUGUGGCAAACUUAAAACUUCUGCAGCGCUAUCCAGACAUUAACAUUGAACACCUUCUCCAGGUAGCUCGAGAUCUUAGUUCUGACCCAUCUUCGUAUCGUUUGUCGUUGCCACUGUAAAUCCAUUACCAACACGCACGAUUCUGUACACAAUUUUCACUUUACCGUUUGUAACGAUGAACAAAACAGCUGUUGCUUUAGCUAAUUUGUGGCGAACAAUUCUCAAUGAUAUGGAAAAUGUUCAGCAACCUGCAGACAACCAGGCUGAAUUUCAUGAA